AGGGGGGCUGGAGGCUCUGUGGCAAAGCAGUGUCGAUAAGAGAGAGAGAGAGAGAGAGUGAGAGAGAUAAAGAGAGAGAUUGCUGGAGAGAGCGGGAGAGUGAACAGCUCUAUGUAAACAGGGUGUCAGAAAAGAAAGUGCAGGGACGUUUUCAGCCUGCCAAGGCUGGGAAAAUAAUCACAUAGGAUCUGCAAAGCAACACUCACUAGGGCAGAGAGAGAAACGGAGAGAAGAGAGAGAGAGGGAGGAAACCGAACAGAGAGAGUCGGUGACAGUGAGAGAGACAGAGAGCGAGAGAGAGAGACAGAGAGAGGAAGAUAUAUAGCAACAGAGCGAAGGAGAGGAACUAAGCAAAAGGGAGAGAGAGGAAAAAAGCUGAAUUCAUUCAGGCUGAAUGGGAGGGAGGGAUGUUGCUACCUCUGCCGGGGCUGCAGUGCCUUUGCUGUGCCUCUCUGUGUAGCUGGAGCUGUGUUGUGUAGCUGUGGCUCUGCUCUUUGUAGCUGUAGCUGCCUGUUUGUGUUGUGAGGCGCUCGCUGCUCUGCUCACGGGGGAAGGGAGAGCAACCCAUACCCCGGGCAGCUUGGAACGGACUGCCUAUCAAACCAUACUGAAGGAACACACACACAGACAGCAAAACUACUGGGAUGGGCAGAGGUCAUUAUAGGUCAUUGGUGAAGCAGACCUGCUAAGGGACCCUGUGUGGACUGACUGUGGGCUGUGGACAUAUCACUUCCUACCAGAGAUGAGGGGAACAGCUUGAGUCUGACGUCAGAGAGCGGGAAAGACCUAGAGACCUGCCUCUAGCUGAACCUCCAUAUCACAUACUGCCCGUCCUUAUCCCCCUUCCCCCACCCCACCAUCUCUGGCAUCUGUUUCUACCACCACCUCCACUCACUGGGAAGGAUUUGGGAUGACAGUUAACCUCCUCAGCUCUACCUCACUCCUCCUCACCACCCAGGGAUAACCAGCACUAGAACCUCUGUACCCUGAGAGGCACACUACCACCCUCCCUCACCUCCCCCCAGCUGGCAUCAUGAUGGGAGAUGGAGUUGGGAACUGGGUGUGUCUGAGUCCGUCUGAGUUUGGUCAGCUGCAGCAGUACAGCGAGUAUUCCACCAAGAAGCUCAAGGAUGUUCUGGAGGAGUUUCACGGUGAAGGAGUCCUCUCCAAGUACAAUCCUGAGCAGAAGCAAGACGUUCUCAACCAACCCAUAGACUAUGAGGGUUUCCAGCUCUUUAUGACCACAUACCUGGAGAACGACAUCCCUGAGGAGCUGUGUCAGCACCUGUUCACCUCCUUCAAGAGCAAGACAGGGGGCUGCUCUCCUGAGGUGCCCCGCGCUGGAGCAGGACUGCUGGAGCCACGUUCCAUUGAUGCAGGCAUCUCUAUACAGACUGAAGUGGCCUGUGCCCCCAUAACAGGAAUGAAUGGGAAGAGCAUCCUGACAGCAAUGGGCCGGCACACUCCAGAGCAUUCCACUGUGAUGGCCACAUGUUCAAGUGCCGUGUCGACCUCUCCCUGCUCCUCCCGUUCCUCCUCACAGCGCUCUGGGACAGGGGCCCACACACCCAGGGGUUCCUACCACUCACCUGCCUGCACCCAAGCCAAACUCUCCACAGGUAGCAGUAGUAAUGCUCUGACACCCACCCCAGCCAAGUCCCCAGCCUCCCCUCGCCUCUCCCCAGAGAGGAUCAGAGCGGAGAAGUUGAGGAGUCCGUCACCCCAGAAGGGCUCCCCCUUACCCUCCCCCCAGGUGGUGUUUCUGAAGGACAUCGUGUGUUACCUGUCCCUGCUGGAGAGGGGCACACCAGAGGACAAGCUGGAAUUCAUGUUCCGGCUGUACGACACAGAUGGCAAUGGAGUACUGGACAGCUCGGAACUGGACCGCAUCAUCAAUCAGAUGGUCCACGUGGCAGAGUACCUGGAAUGGGACUCUACAGAGCUGCGACCAAUCCUGAAGGAGAUGAUGGAAGAGAUAGACUAUGACCGAGACGGAACAGUUACUCUGGAGGAGUGGAUCAGAGGAGGCCUCACCACCAUCCCUCUGCUGGUCCUGCUGGGUAUGGAGACGAAUGUGCAGGAGGAUGGGCAGCAUGUGUGGAAACUAAAGCACUUCAACAAGCCAGCCUACUGUAAUUACUGCCACACCAUGCUGCUGGGAGUCCGCAAGCAGGGCCUCUGCUGCUCUAUAUGCAAGUACACAGUCCAUGAACGCUGUGUGUCCAAAGACAUCGCUGCCUGCAUCAGCACCUACGCCAAGUCCCGCAGACACACUAAUGCUAUGCAGCACGUGUGGAUGGAGGGAAACUCUCCCACUAAGUGCGACCGCUGUCACAGAAGUAUCAAGUGCUACCAGGGCUUAACGGGCCUACACUGUGUGUGGUGUCAGAUCACUCUCCAUAAUAAGUGUGCGUCCAACAUGAAACCAGAGUGUGAUGGAGGAGCCCUUAGAGACCACACUCUACUCCCAUCCUACAUCUGCCCUGUAGUCCUGGACCGUCAUUCUGUUGUGAAGCGGGGUGAAGGGGACUCCCCGCCCAGCACCAGCCCUGACGACCCGAGUCAAAGCUUCAAAUUCACAGGAGACGGACAAGCACUGCAGAUCACUCCUUUCCCAGGCACACAUCCCCUCCUGGUCCUGGUCAACCCAAAGAGUGGCGGGAGACAAGGGGAGCGGGUAUUGAGAAAGUUCCAGUACCUGCUGAACCCCAGACAGGUGUACAGUCUAGACCGAGAGGGACCCAUGGUGGGGCUCAACUUCUUCCAUGAUGUCCCUGAUUUCCGGGUGCUGGCGUGUGGAGGGGAUGGGACAGUGGGAUGGAUCUUAGACUGUAUUGACAAGGCCAACUUCACCAGAGAUCCCCCUGUGGCCAUCCUCCCUCUGGGCACAGGGAACGACCUGGCAAGAUGCCUACGCUGGGGCGGAGGUUAUGAAGGAGGCAGUCUUCUGAAGUUCCUGCGGGACAUAGAGCACAGCACAGAGAUGGUUCUGGACCGAUGGAACAUCGACAUCGUUCCUGUUGACAAGGAGGAGAAGGGAGACCCUGUCCCUAACAGCAUCGUCAACAACUACUUCUCCAUCGGAGUGGAUGCGUCCAUCGCUCAUCGCUUCCACUUGAUGAGAGAGAAGCACCCAGAGAAAUUCAACAGCAGAAUGAAGAACAAGUUGUGGUACUUUGAGUUUGGCACCACAGAGACCAUCUCCGCCACUUGCAAGAAACUCAACGAGUGUAUCGAAGUGGAGUGUGAUGGUAUCAUCCUGGACCUCAGCAGCACGUCGUUGGAAGGCAUCGCCGUCCUGAACAUACCCAGCAUGCAUGGCGGCUCCAACCUGUGGGGCGAGACCAAGAAGAGGAGGAACUACAGCCGCAUGAGCAAGAAGGUUCCAGACAGGAUGCCCGCCAGUACCGUCACCGAUAUAAAGGAGCUCAAAUUCUGUGUUCAGGACCUGAGCGACCAGUUGCUAGAGGUGGUGGGUCUGGAGGGGGCCAUGGAGAUGGGGAAGAUCUACUCAGGCCUGAAGAGUGCUGGCCGCAGACUGGCCCAGUGUGCUAAUGUCACCAUCAGGACAUCCCGGCUGCUGCCCAUGCAGAUCGAUGGGGAGCCUUGGAUGCAGCCCCCAUGCACGAUCAAGAUCACACAUAAGAACCAGGUUCCCAUGCUACUGGGCCCUCCUCAGAAGACCCCCUUCUUGUUCUUCAAGAGACGCAACAGAAGUCGGGACUAUGAGUGAGGAGGACACUUCAAACUCCCCCCUCUUCACAAACACAUUCACCAACCCCUCGGGACAACUCAAUAGGUCCACAGACCAAGUCAUUGCCCCUUGGACCUACAGUACCACUUCAGAAUGAACUGACUUCCUCUCAGUGUAAUGACCACUUCCUGUGUAUCCAUGUUCUAGCUUCUAGAACUUCCUGUGAACUCUGAACUCUGACCCUGCCACUGGCACACUAGCUCAGUCAACCCCAGCUCCAAACUCAGCUUCAGCCCCAGCCCCAGCCCCAGCCCCAUCAGUAAUGCCACACUGCCUUGGCAAAACACAGUGCCAGCAGCAUAUAGGUUCAUCUAGGAUACUGCCUUGGUUCUCAAAUGGAGGGAUAGAGAGAUGGAGUGAUAAGGAAACACAUAAAGAGAGAGAGAGACAAAGAGCGACGCAGCAGAAGGGGAAAUGGGAAGAGAAGAGUAGAAGAAAAGAAAGAGCGCAAAAGAGAGAGAGCAAGGGAUGGGAUGAUUGACAUACAGCGUGUGUGUGUGUGUGUGUGUGUGUGUGUGUGUGUGUGUGUGUGUGUGUGUGUGUGUGUGUGUGUGUGUGUGUGUGUGUGUGUGUGUGUGUGUGUGUGUGUGUGUGUGUCUGUGUGUGUGUGUGUGUGUGUGUGUGUGUGUGUGUGUGUGUGUGUGUGUGUGUGUGUGUGUGUGUGUGUGUGUGUGUGGCAAGCUCUCCUCUCUCUUUGAGGAGCCUGUUGAAUAAUGGAUCAGAGCUUGUAGAGUAUUCACUCCAGUGUCUCUCCACGGCACAGAACACUGCACUGCCUGAGAGAUGAAACGGAAAGAGAUCAUCUAUUAUUGACUGCUUCGUUUACGCUUGACGGUGGCAGCAGGACAAAACACACAGUAACAAUGGCCUGGGAAGCAUGGGAAACUCAAACUAACAUGCAGGGAUUUUUUCCCCCCAGCAUAUUUGCUCACAACAACCAUCUUUAGCCUAGUUUUGUAGAAUAUCAAUAGCUGAUCUGGUGUCAGGUCAAACAGAUGGCAAGGACUGGAGGUUUGUCUGUUUAUCUUCAUGUGGCUUAUUCACAUACUGUAGACAGGUCACCCACCAUCUUAGUAAGUGUAUAAACCCCUCUGAGACUCAGUCACACAGGCCCUCAACUUAGACUGGUUUUAUUGUUCUCCUCCAAAUGGCAAGGUCAUUGGUCCUUCGAGCCAGAUCAGUGGAACAGAGCCCAGUGUACAGGGGAGACCAAAAGAGGUUGGAGAGAGACGUGGACCUUACUUAUAUGCAUCACUGUAGCGACGUGAGAUGAGAGCGGAGUCCCAUGUCCCCCUCAGAAGUGCCCAGUAGGAUCAGCUAUAGGUUGAAGAAAGAAACCCAGUGUAGAGAAGACCAAAGGAGUUUGGGGUGAGGAGUGGACGAGAUAUAUAUCACUGUAGAGAAUGUGAGAUAAGUCUGUUGCCCAAUCAGAAGAGCCCAGUAGGACCUCUAUAAGAGCAGAGUUCAGUGUAGAGGGAGAGGAGACUGAAGGAGGUUGGGUAGGUCCUUACUGUAAUGUUACAUGUAUCACUGUUGAGAGAAGUCCCAAUCAGAAGUGCACACUAGGAUAGCUUUAGGUUGAAUAAGCAGUAGUGCAUGCUGCCUAGUAGGAUAUCUAUAGGUUGAAUCAACAAGCCUCAUCCAUAGGUUGAAUCAACAAGCCUCAUCCAGCUACAGAUGUCCCAGAAGACUUUUAGAGAUUGAAAUAGAUUCAGCUAGCUAGUGCUGGUAUAUAACAGCCUGCCCUGACUGCCCCAGGCCUUAGGGGUCUGAUUUACCAUAGCGUGGACAGGAACUAAAUUUAACCUGCUAUUUCGGGAGGAUCUAUCCUGUGAAACACUAUUCCUAAUUACAGUGUAAAAACAUUAGCUCGCAAUGUGAAGUGUCCAAUAGUGCAAAACUAGGAGGCCAGUGAUGAGGGCUCGCUGGCUAUAAAAUGGUGGGUGUUAUUCAAAUCAUGUUUGUUGCUGGAUGGUACCAUUGAAGCAACAGGAAGAUAUGUUAUCGAUUGAAAUGAGCUGAACUGAAAAUCACACAUAGGAGUCAAACCUAAAAGCAAAAGCUGAACAGGCAAGACACCCGUGUGGCAGAAUGUGGUAUUCAUCGACUAAGAUAUACCACUACCCGUAUGAAAAUAUUACUGUCCCAACAACAGUGGCCAGCUAUAUAUGUGCAGAUACAGUAUUUGUAUAUUCUGUGUAUUACACAUACACAUACAUUUUUUUUAUUUAAAAAAAAAAAUGUUUUUAACUAGGCAAGUCAGUUAAGAACAAAUUCUUAUUUACAAUGACGGCCUAGGAACAGUGGGUUAACUGCCUUGUUCAGGGGCAGAACAACAGAUUUAGUUUUUCUGUUUUUAAUAAUAUAUUAUUAGUGUAGAGCUUUGAGGCAUCCCACUGGGCAAACACUGAUUGAAUCAAUGUUGUUUCCACAUCUGUUCCACAUUGAACCAACGUGGAAUAGACGUUGAACCAACGUAGAAUAGACAUUGAAUUGACAUCUGUGCCCAGUGGGAUAGUAUAGAAGAGUACAUACAGAUCAGUGUUCUUCAGUGGGUCACUUGAAUAACUGUCUGGGGCUGGUUCACAACACAUUCCCUUUGGUGUCGAGCACCCUCAUACCGUAGGAUGUAGGGGUUAGGGUGCAGGGCCCAGGGGGGUGAGGGCAGAGUGAGCCUCCAUGGUACACUGAGUGUUUGUCCCAAAUGGCACCCUAUUCCCUUUGGGCCCUGGUCAAAGGUAGUGCACUGGGUAGUGAAUAUGGUGCCAUUAGGACUCACCAGAGCACCACUCACGGGGCGAGGCUUUGAUGUCUUCGCCCCGAGUUCCCUUUAAAACCACACUGAGCCGAGACUCUCGUGUCCAGGCCCCACUAAAACAGAGACACAUGUCCAAUGACCAUUGGGUAGAGGUAAAACAGUGGUUUAGUCCCAGGACACCCUAAUCCUAACAUAGUGUAAAGCUUUUGACCAAAACCCUAUCAAAAGUAGUGCGCUAUAUAGGGAAUAGGGUGCCAUUUGGGACACAGUCUUUAUCUCUGUGGACAACAGGGUCUGUCUGACCCUGCAACACCUCUAACCAGUACGUAUGGGAAACAUUUCAAUGACCACAUCACCUCUACAAUUCUAACAUAGCAUCAUUGGUCGACGGUCAUUGGACACAUUUUUGUGUGUAGUCCUUACGGAGCCUGGAUCGAGGCGACUCAGUAAAAAGUGUGCAUGUUUACAGUUUACUUUUCAUUAAUGGGAAAAGGAUGAUUUUAAAUUUAAACAGUUAUAAUUAUGUGUAAAUAGAUAUUUGAUUAUAUAUUUUAUCUCACCACCGCAUGCCUGCUGAAACAAAGGAGACAGAAAGAAAUGUCUGUCUGCUUGAGGAGAGACCACGCUGAUUGUUGCAACCCCCUCCCUCAAGCUAGGACCUGUCCUGCUGUCGGGUCAUAUUAUCUAUUCAACCCCCCCAACCAAUCCUUUGCUUAAAAACCCAUGACCUUGUGUAUUUACUUUGUCUUUCCCUGUUGGUAGCUAGCAUAGCAUGUUGAUACUUCUGUGCUAGAAAAUGACAGUGAUGGCUUGUCUUGGUCAAAUAGAGAGACUUUCCAGGAGAAAUGUACACCAUUGCCAAGCGGCCAUUUUGUGAUUCAUCAUCGGGAGAUGGAAGAGAGACGCCGACACGACAUCACAACCACAGAACUUAAUCCUAUCAGACGCUAUAUCAAUCAUCAAUGUUUGUGUCAUUCACCAGUCACCACUCAUCUCCAAUUCCGGUCAUCAGAAAUGAUCAAUAGCCUUAACCAACAAACAAACAAAAGGAGUGGCUCUCUCGUGCUUUCUCUGCCAGGACACAACAACAGCACAAUUGCAAUACAAGCCACUGACUUAGAAGGAGUAAAAAAAAUAUAUAGAAACAAGUCAAAUAAUGAUGGUGACUAUCUCCUCUUACUCUGUGUUACAAUAACUCACUGACAUCACCAACUACCCACCUGGUCUGUACCAUCACUGCCUAUGGUGUUCUUCCACUUCCAACUACAUCCACUUCUAAGAGGAUUUGGUUUAGACCAGGUUGUCAACGACGUCUGUAGAAUGUUGUCUCUCAUCAUUUUAAAAAGUAGGAGGGCCGGUGUGAAGACAUCCGUUUUCUUGUUGACAGAGUGUCCCUUGGCGGAUCCUGGUCAAAAGUAAUGUACAGUAUAUGGAAUAGGCUGCCGUUUGGGACGACACCAGUAAGUUGUCCACCGUGAUGCAGCAGGGAUUUCUAUGUACUGCACCGCAUCCACUGUUAUAAACAUAGCCAUAGUGUGUGGCCGUGGCCACUGUCUUUGUUGAUGUACAUGAUGUGAUGUGACUUGUUGAAACCACGCUGCCUCUGAGGUAACAUAAUGUAGGAGGUGUAAAAGAAACGCCUGAAACUAGAUCCCCUACAUACUGGUCUUGACAAGAAGAAAAGAAAACUGUCAGGGGAGGUUCUCUUCUGCACUGUUCAACCAAUCCAGUAAAUGUGGAAGAGGAGUUAAGAUGGAGUGUCGCCUUGCUAAUGUCCAGAAGCGGAAAUCGCGUCACAGGUGUUUUGAAUUUCCACUGAAAACCGGAACAUCCAGUUGUUGGGAACUCGGCAGAGGCUACCUCUGAGGUGACCUAGAGGAGGGAGUUUGAGUGGUGGUUAAAGGGGGUGUUUGUGGUAUAUCAAAUAAACCAAUUAUGAUAAUAGUAUACACAGUCUAUUACAAUUAGGAUCGUGUAGUUAAUUAAUCACUUAUAUCUACAUUCUUCCACUGAAUUGAGACAUCCGGGCACAAAAAAGGCUCCCAUAUCCACGCAAGCAUACCAUUUAGAAUAUGGCCAAUACGUUGCUGCAUUUUAAGUAGUAUUUCAGUUGGCAUUAUUGGAAUGGAGCCAAAGACAGUCUUUGUCACCAUCCUCCCCAUGUGUAACUAUUAUCCCCUUGUCUCCACUGUCGCUCCCGCUUCCGACCUUGUUUUAUUUCCACCUUUAGAGACUCACAUAGGCAGUGAGGUUUAUCGUACUGUCACUGUUAUUGGUGCAAUCCUAUUCUUAGGCAUGGGCAGAUUAACUAACAGUAUUGAGUGACACUAGUGGCCAGGACACAUGCAGUAGAGCCAUGCAUACAGUCCAUUUCAUUCCUGAGUGUGAUGUUCUACAUGUAUGUAUAAACCCAUAGGCCUGUUGUGUUUACCAUAGAAAUAUAAUUAAUAGAAAGGGCUCGGAACAUUUGACAAAAGCAAUUUGACUGCUAAAUUCAUGGGUACACUCAAAAUGGCUGCCAGUCCUCCCAUUAUUGCAUCAUUGACUUGAAUGGGGAGGCCCGUUCUACUUAUUCUAGUUCUGUGGUGUUUACCCCCUCAGGGUCAGUGUGGUAUGUAGCUAUCCAUACGCCUGUAGCACCCAAUGAGGAUCAAGGGCAGACAGUGACAGUAGCCCCCCCCCCCCCCCCCGCCCACUCCCUCUCUGUGAUUGGACAAAAAGAGGCCUGUGAAUCAAUAUUCUCAUCUUGUGCCCUAGCUGCGUCUACUGUCUGUCAUUCUUCCUCGCCGGUAUGUUUGUUAGCUGUAUGUUGGCAUCCUCCAUUUUGAUGGACAAAAGAUUUAUCAAAUAAACAGAGGUUGAAUAUG